AUCUUUGCCUUGCAGAGCGUUAGUAUUUUCCCCAGCUAAGAGGAUCGGAAAGAUUCCUCCUGUAGGCUUGCAUCAUGGAGGCUAGCAGUCAAUCCAGCAGUCAACAGAUUCUGUGGAAAGAUGUUGAGAUGGUAAAAGAGAAGAAGGCCAAGUUCCACACCUACCAGCGAGUGGCUCUAGCUCUGGCUCUCGUCUUACUUGUUUUGGCUCUCUGUGUUGUCAGCCUGAGGUAUCUGUGGAGCCCCACUCUGGGAAAGGUGUAUGACCAUCAGUACAAAGCCGUGUUGGAUGGCAUCGAGACAGAUAGCAUGCUGGAGAUUGACCCAGUCCAGCGCACUGAAAUCUUUAGAAUGGGAAACGGGAGUGAGGAGGUACUUGAAGUACACGACUUCAAAAAUGGAAUCACUGGGAUCCGCUUUGCCGAACAUCAGAGGUGCUACAUCAGGACCCAAACUAAGAAACUACCCACCGUGCCAGAGGUGAAGGCUGAGGACACAGAGUUACUGCAGGUGGAUGAGACUGAGGCCAUGGAUAUGAAGGUGGAGGACUCCCAAGUGUGGGUUCCUGCAGAGGAGCCCAUCGUUAACCCAGCCUUCCUCCUCGACUCCAAGAUCUGGGAGAUUUGCCAGGAGCUGCCCAUCCACUGGAUCCAUCCUUCCCCUCUGAGUGACGCUGAGGAGGAAAAUGUGGACACACCCGACGCAGAAGUCACAGGUCAGCGUUUCACCCGUGAUGUCCUGGAACAGCUUCCAGUAAACGACUAUAGAGACGUUGGAAUAGAGCUGGAUAACCGUCUGGAUGACCGUGGCUACUGCUGCCAGCACUGUCGCCGUGGUUACCGCUUCUGCCGCCGCUACCACGAGCCCCUGGGUGGCUUCAACCCAUGGCCAUACUACUACCAAGGGGGCCGGGUCAUCUGUCAGAUUGUCAUGCCAUGCAACUGGUGGAUCGCCCGUAUGCUGGGGAGGAUCUGAGGAGCGCGUGUGCUGUCUGGGAUUUAAACUGUUUAUGUCUUUGUAGAUGCAAAUUCUUUUCUGAUAAAUAUUCCAGACCACUUGUGAGACCAAAGCAGUCCAUUGCACACACAAUUAUUAUCCAAUCUGUAAGCUGGCCCAUUGAGUAUCAGUCAGUCUAAGCAGUCUAAAUGGCAUUUGAAAUGUUUAGAUUCUUUCUUAAAAGUCAUUAGUUGUUUACAGCUGUCUAAUUUCCUUUGCUUAUCUACCUGUUUGGUCUCCUUGCUCUUUGAUCCUGUUGAAUGGGUGCAAUUUAGUUUGGAAAAUGUCACUAUAAACUAAUUUGCUCUUAAAACAAAUUCAGCAUGGUCUGUUAUGCUUCAUUUUUUACUCUGUAGGUUCAAAAGAGUUGUUCUACAUGUGCUGUGCUGUAUGAAAAUGUACAUACAGUAUAUAAAUAGAUGUGACAGUCAGUGAAUGGUGCUAUCAUGUUAGACAUUUAACUAUCUUUUCUGUUUCUUUUUUUUUACCUGCUUAUAUAUCCACCACAUGAUCUCCAAAUAAUUAAGCACAUUAUCACAGUGACACAAUAUACAAACUUACCAAGGUCACAAACACAAAUAUAAAUCUAUAUUCUGUAAAACUAAAAUAAAAUAUGACACCAAAAGACACCAGAUAUAAGACAUAACAUUACACUUAUACAAAACAAGAAAACUAGGUGCUCCAUAUUUGAAUUAAGAGAAAAUCAGGAUCAGAGAAUCAAACAAGCAAAGAAAAAACAGAUAAUAAUCAUAAUGUGCCAGUACAGAGACAGAAGAAGUUACUGAAGACCAAGCCUGUGUUAUGAGAAUUCUUUUCUAUGUUUUUGGUAUCAUGUUAAACUAAGGAGGUACAAUUUAAUUAAAGAUGCACAGACCUCAGCUGUCUUUUGUGAUCUACUCACUGUUGUGUAAUCCUCCGUCGUGUUCACUGUUGUUGCAGUCCACAGGAUGCUUUAAAUAGUGCUGCUGUUCACACAGUUUCUUCUUUGCCGCGGUGAUUUUAAUCUGUAACACCACAUCUCAAUCUGCCGAGCUGAAACAACUCUCAUCUGUACCUAACAGAUAAGCAAGUGAGAUAGGUAUUUGUAAUUGAUGUUCUGUCAUCAGAAUAACAAGGUGCAUAAAUGCCCAAGAGUAUUAAAGCUAUGAGACAUUCAAAAGUUAAACAGAGAGACGAAAAUGGAGCACUCUUGUCAUAGUUUGCUUUGAAGUCUUGUGUAUAUUUCUGUGUCUUUCCUGACUUUUUUUCCCAAUUAAAAUUUCAUUGUAUGAAUAA